AAGGCAUUCAAGUUGUGUGAUGUGAGCCGUCAUGCACCUCCUCCCUCGGUCUGUCGGACAGGCAGUCAAGUCAGGUCAGGUCAAAUCAGGCACACAACGUCUUGAAAUCACCAUGAAUGCCGCACAGCAUCCAUCCAUCCAUCCAUCCCCGCCACGCACACACAGAUGCACACGAUUGCACGUCGCCAUUGGCUCAACAAACUCAGUCUGUCUGAAAACCCGGCGGCUGUGAAAAAGUUGGCGGCCACGGUUGCAACCACACGCCACACGAGCAAUGUUCACCACCUUACCCCCACACGACCGACAUGGACAGAUCAGAUGGUAUGUAUGUCGCCUGCAAUCCGGCGAUCGCAUCGAGUGACACACACAUGCAAUGCAAUGCAGAAGCUCCCUCCCUCCCUCGUCCCUCGUACGCACCACUAGCGUCGACGAAGGUCUGUCUGUCUACUUAGAUGUGUACUCGUCGUAGGACUUGAUCUCGAAAAAUGUCUUGCCGUUGCUCUCGCGGUGCCACUUGCGGUGGAGGGAAUCCACCAACAGACUCGCCAACUUGAUGUCCGUCAGCAGAGGAACUGCACAAAACACCAGACAGACAGACGGACAUGCAGACCCCUGUGUGCGACGGCAUGUGCCCUUUGUCGUGUGUGUGUGUGUGAGUAUUGCCCACGUACCUCCCCUGUCGAUUGCGGUUCGCCUGAUUUGGAAUCCGUCGGUGAGUGCGCGGCUCUCCAUCGACUCGGGCACGUUGAUCACCAUCUCGAUCUUUCCCUCCUGCACACACUCACACACGAGAUGACAGACAGACCACUGAUCCACUGAUCCACCGAUGCUUGCACGUGGCUGUGCUGUGCUGUGUAGUGUAUUGUACCACGAUGUAGGUCUUGGCGUUGGGCUCCUCCCCUGUGGAUGGUUUGUGCAGCAGCACCAGCUCCUCCUCGUUCAUCGUCAGCCCGUGGCUGUGCAGAAACUCAUACGUCCCCUGCGUGGCGUAUAUCUUGAACCCCAUCAGAUUCAGCAGACGCGCAUAAGGCAGAAACUCAACCUGACAGACAGACAGACACAGUCACAACCACGCAAUCACAUGCAUCGUUCGACUGCCCUCUUAGAUGGUUGUCCAGAUGGAUGGAUGUGUGUGUGUGUGACCUUUGAGUGGAGGGGUCCUGUGGAGAGAAGGAUGUUGGACUUGGGCGGCUUGAUGCCUGUGGAGGUGAGCGCCUUCAUGAACGCCUCGAACUUGGUCGAACCGUAACACGCCACCUGCACACCACACCACACACAGGUCAGUCCGACACACACGCACAUGUGUUGUGUGUUUGUGGUGUUCCGGCACACGUCAUGUCACCUACCUCUCCCGUGCUCCUCAUCUCGACACCAAGGACAGGGUCGGCCCCCCGCAGCCGCGUGAAGGAGAACAUGGGAGCUUUGACCCCGACGUAUUCAAGGUCCACCAGGUGGAUGUGGGCAGCGCGCCACGGAGCCCGCACCAUUAUCCUGCACCACACACACACACACACAGAGAGAGAGAGAGAGAGAGGGAGAGAGAGAAGCAUCCAUUAAUCCACACAGACAGACAGACAGAUCUCUGGGUGCGGUGGCUUACUUACCUGGUGGCUAGUUCGAUGAAGUUGGUGUUGAAUGUCUUAGAGAUGAAGGGGAAGGUGCGCGAGGCGCGCAGGUUGCACUCGAUGACCUUGACCUCGUUCUGCUUGCACAUGAACUGGAUGUUGAACGGACCCGUGAUCAGCAGCGCACGGGCGAUCUUCUGCGAGAUCUUCUUGACACGACUGACGAGACACACACACACACACACACAGAGAGAGAGAGAGAGGGAGAGAGAGAUGGAUGGACUGCCAUCUUGCCGUUGUGCACAUGUGUUGGCUCACCGGAUGGUCUCGACAUAGAGCUUCUGCGCUGGCAGGACGAGAGUGGCGUCGCCAGAGUGCACACCUGACAGGGCCCGAGGGCACAGGGCAGCCAACGUGCUGUGCUGGAUGGCCGGAUGCAGCUACCCUGUGGAUGGGUGGACACAACCCACCUGCAUUCUCGACGUGUUCGCUGAUGGCGUAGUUGACGAUCUCGCCGUCGGCCGCCACAGCGUCCAUCUCAACCUCCUAUAUGCAUCAUAUAGGCACACACACGCAGCGCAUCGCAUCGACACACACAGACAGCUUCCGUCUUUCUCUCUCUCUCUCUCUCUGUGUGUGUGUGGGUGUGUCGAUCGCCUCGUGGCCCGGCUCGCCCACCUUUGCGUUUUCGAUGUACUUGGAGAUGACCACAGGGUGCUCACGGGACACGACAGCCGCCUCUUGCAGAAAACUGCACACACACACCACACCACACCAGACCACACCAGACAAACGAAGGUGUUUCUCUUGUGUCUCUCUCUCGCCAGCCUGCCGCACAGACGUACGUACCUCUUGAGGUCCGAGGGGUCUGUGACGACCCUCAUCGCCGCGCCAGACAGCACAUAGGACGGCCGCACCAACACCGGAAACUCAACCUGACGUGACAUCCAUGCCAUGCAACACCAGUUCACAACACACCCACACCACACCAACAGUGGCCAGCUAGCUCCCCCUCUCUCAUCUCACCUUCUUGGCGAACUGCAGCGCCUCGUCGAAUGUGGUGAAGGCAGACCAUGGCGGCUGGUCGACGCCCAGCGAGUCGCACAGCUUGGAGAACUUGUGCCGGUCCUCGGCGGUGUCGAUGGACUCAACUGACGUGCCCAAGAUGCGACACUUGUGACGGCGCAGACCUGUUACAACGACGGCAAGGCACGUGUGUGUGUGUGUGUGUGCGUGUGCGAGUGCAUGGAUGAGGUACCGUACCAAGUGCCAGGUUGUUUGGUGUCUGUCCGCCGACGCAGAGAAUGAUGCCAAGAGGGUCUUCGAACUCGUAGAUGUCCAGCACCGACUCAAGGGAGAGAUCCUGACACACACACACACACGCAUGGUUCCGGUAGAGGCGGGUGUGGUGUGGUGCCUGGGCGUCUGUCUAACUGUGCGAGCGAAUGCAAUGCGUAGGGUACCUCAAAGUAGAGUCGGUCCGACUCGUCGAAGUCUGUGCUGACCGUCUCGGGGUUGCAAUUGACCACUAUCGCCUUGUGACCUGCACACGACCAUGUGAUGUGCACAAACGUCAGGUCACCUUGUGUGUCGUGCCCCCGUCCACCCAUCGCAUCCAUCCAUCUUGUCCCCCACCCCACACACCGAGUUCUCUGAGUGUCUUGACUGCACUCAUAGCGCUCCAGUCAAACUCGACAGAGCUGCCGAUGCGGUAGCAGCCGCACCCCAGCACUAUCACCGGCUGCUGCUCGGGGCCGCGGAUCGUCGACCCAAUCCCGCCAGACGACGUCCGCAUCAGGCCCAUACCUGUGUGUGGCAGCCGGGCGGGCACACCACUCAUCAAUCGUCGUGUGUGUGUGUGUGUGUGUUGGAUGGGUGUGUCCAUCGAGUGCACCAGCCAGCGCACCAGGGAUGGCAGGUGUCGAGCCCAUGGCGGCUUUCGCGUACACGUGCCCGUCGGUGCUCUCCAGCCGCAGCGACAUCCGCGCACGGGACCGGGAAGUCGACUCCGUCAACGUCGCUGUGUCCGCACACAAACCACACACCAUUACACACAUGUAUGCUUGCAUCCUCCCCUCCCCUCCCCCUCCCCCUCCGCCUCUCUCUUACGUGAGUCGCCCCCCAGGCCGUCGCCGAAGUACUGGCCAUGUGCUGUCGGCCCGUAUGCGUUGCCGUUCAUCAUCUCGUGUCCGUGGACCCCGUGUCUGUGGACCAUGGCCUCCUGCGUCUGCUGGGGCGAUAUCGACAGGUGGUGCCGCAUCAUGGGGUAGGGGUGGGGGUGGCCGCGGGGGUCUCGCGGCGAGUCGCUGGGCGGCGUCAUGUUGUAGUAGGGGGAGAACGAGGGCGCCGACUCGGCUGUCGGCUCGACGUCGUGCUCGCAGCCUGCACGUAAGACCAUCCAGCCGUGUGUGCGUGUGUGUGUGUGUGGUGACCCCGGGGUCACCUUGGUAGGUUAGGUAUAGGUAGUUGGUCUGUGCGGGGAACUCUGCCGCCAGUGUGUCGAUCUGCUUCACCCACGGCCGCACGUUGAACUCGGUCCUCAGGGCGCGCACCUCCAUCUCAGACGCCUCGGGACGAAGCCACGUACCUGCAAUCCACACACACACACCACACACAACACAAACAGGUAGGAUGCGGUGCGUGUGCUGCCUGCCUGUGUGUCUGUGUCUGCCUGUCUGUCUGUCUGUCUGUGUGUCUGUGUGUGCGUACCGACCGAUUUGUUUGUCAGCGAAUCCGAUGGUUUUGGCGUGUCGGAUGAUGUCUGGAGUGAGGUCGCUGAUGCUCAUGUUGGUCAGGUGCACACGUGUGUCGUUGAUCUGCUUGAGCUUGGCCAGAAACCACCUGUCGAUCUUCGUCAUCUGCACAACACAGCCGCAUGGCAUGCCAUGCCACCGCACAGAUCAGCACAGAUCAGAUGGCCUGCUUCUCUGUCUGAGUGUCCGUCUGUGUGUCUGUGUGUCUGUGUGUGCCGAUUAAGGAGUGAGUGACCUGGUGGAUGCUCUCGACGUCGUAGCCUUCAUCGAACGCCUGAGCGAUCGCCCAUAUUCUGCACACCCACACGCACACACAGACGAAGCAGAGAUGGACCGGUGCACAUCCACACCAGCCACCCGCCCUUGCCCACACCAACCUCUUGGGCGACGGGUUUUGGAGCUCUGCGUUGAGCGCCUCUUUGUCGGGAAAUACCUCAGUCUUGGGGUCGAACCCGUGAGCACUCUCCUCAACCUACACACACACACACACACACACAUGGAUCGUCCGUCGUAAGUGCGCUUGUGUGUGUGUGUGUGAAUCGCACGCACCAUUCUGAGUGCCUUCUGCAUGGACUCCUCAAAGGUCCUGCCGAUGGCCAUCACCUCGCCCACCGACUUCAUCGCCGAUCCCAUCUUGGUGUCAACUAGGCCGAACUUGCGCAGGUCCCACCUGCACACACACAGACGAGCACACGAGCGCCGACACAGACACACAGACACACAGAGAAACACAAUGCGCUUUUUGCCCCUCCGGUAUUGGCUGCUCUCAUUCGGCAGCGGGCCGACCUGGGUAUCUUGGUGACGACAUAGUCGAGGGACGGUUCGAAGCACGCUGUGGUGCUCCGGGUGACGCUGUUGCGCACCUGCACCAGGUCCUGACCCAGCGCCAACUUGGCCGCCACAUACGCCAGGGGGUAGCCUGCACCAGACCCAAGAAAGAUACACCCACCACACACAGAUGGGCGUGUGUGUGGGCGAACAGCGCACCAGUAGCCUUUGAGGCGAGAGCUGACGAGCGUGAGAGCCGCGCGUUGACCUCGACGAUGCAGUAGUCUUGGCUGUAGGGGUCGACGGCAUACUGAAUGUUGCACUCGCCAACAAUCCCAAAAUGGCGAAUCACCUGACACACCGACCAGAGGGAGGGAGGGAGGGAGGGAUGGCUCUGCUGUGUGCAAAGAUGUGUGUGUGUGCGUGUGUGUGCUGCUGUGACCUUGAUGGCCGUUUCCCUGAGUUUGUAGUACUCCUUGUUGGAUAGCGUCUGUGAGGGCGCGACGACGAUGCUGUCGCCGGUGUGUAUGCCGAGGGGGUCGAAGUUCUCCAUGUUGCACACGGUGAUGCAGUUGUCCUUGCUGUCCCGGACCACCUCGUACUCCACCUCCUUCCAACCCUUCAGCGACUUGUCUAUCAACACCUGCACACACGCACACAUGGACUUCAUAUAUCGUUCGUUGUAUGCGCCAGGCCGCCUGCAUGCCAUGCCUGGUCGGAGUGUGCGAACGCCUCGUGGACGAGCUUGAGCAGCGCCUUCUCGUCAGCCGCAAAACCUGACCCGAGGCCGCCAAGUGCAAAAGCCGCCCGCACCAGCACGGGAUACCCCAGCCGCUUCGCCGCCACAACCGACUCCUCUAUAGAACUGAUCGACCAACGACACGCCACGCAUCUCUCUCUCUCUCUCUUUCUCUCUCCUUCCCCCUCGCCCUCUCCCUCUGUGUGUGUGCUGACUUGGCCGCGAAGGACUCAGCGCAUCUCUCUCCAAUCUUCUUGAGCUCCUGUGCGAAGACGUCUCUGUCCUCGGUUUUGAUGAUCGCGGCGAUGGGUGUGCCCAGGACCUUGCAGCCGUACUUUUUGAAGACGCCCUUCUUGUCCAGCUGCACCGCACAGUUGAGGGCCGUCUGCCCGCCAAAGGUGCAGAGGAUGCCAUCGGGCCGCUCCUUCUUGAUGACCUCCUCGACGAACUGGGGAGUCACCGGCAGGAAAUACACCUGGCAGGCAGGCAGGCACACAGAGACAGAGAAAGUGACUCUCUCUCUCUCUCCCUGUGUGUGUGUGGGCGGGGGGUGCGUGUGUGUGCGUGUGUGUGUGAGCCCAGCUGGCCUUCUUUCUCGCUCACCCGGUCGGCGAGUCCCUUGGACGUCUGCACAGUGGCGAUAUUUGGGUUGAUCAGCACCGAGUAGAUGUUGGCCUGCUUGAGCGCCUUGAUGCACUGGCUGCCCGAGUAGUCGAACUCGCCCGCCUGACCGAUGGACAGGCCGCCCGACCCCAGGAUGAGCACCUUGAGUGUGCUCUGUGGGAAGUGGACGGGCACGGUGGUGACGGGGAUCAGCUUGGGGUCCAUGACGGCACGCAGAAAGUCGUGGAAGAGAAACCAGGUGUCAGUGGGGCCGCCGGCUGCCUCAGGGUGGAACUGAACAGAAAACCUGCACACACAAACAAAGAUAAUAGGGAUGGAUGGAUGACGGGUGUGUGUGUGUGUGUGCGUCUGUGAUAUUGGUGUGUACCAUGGGUUGCUCCUGUGGAUGAUGCCUUCGUUGGACUGGUCGUUGGCGUUGAUGAAAAACUGCAUCCACUGGGGGGGCAGCGUCUCUGGCACACACACAUAUGGAUGGACACACGCAUCGCAUAGCAUGCCUUGGCCAUGCUAUCUGUGGUGCGGCCGCACACCAUCCCAUCCGCCCAUCCCGUCAGUCAACCAAACCCACCAGGGUCGACUGCAUAUCCGUGGUUUUGCGGCGAGAUGUAGCAUCGUGUGGUGCGCAUGUCAAUGACGGGCUGGUUCAUGCCGCGGUUGCCGAACUUCAUCUUGAAGGUGGACGCCCCCGCCGCCAAGGCCAGCAGCUGGUUGCCCAGGCAGAUGCCGAAGAUGGGCAGGCCCCGCUGCAUCACCUUCCGGAUGUUCUCCACAGUCACCUUGCAGAACGUGGGGUCGCCCGGCCCGUUGGACAGGAACAGCCCGUCCAUUGGCUCGUCACCAAACGGAUAGUCCCAUGGCACCACCUGCAGUCGGACGCGCUCGUGCCCCUUUCCACUCUCCCGCUCUCUCCCUCUGUCUGUCUCUGUGUGUGUCUGACCCUGAGGUUGACUCGGUAAGGCAUGAAGUGGACAAGGUGUCGGAUGAUGUUGUGCUUCAUGCCGCAGUCGACCCCCACGAUCCGCACAGGCGCCCGGUUGUCGCGCUCACUCACACCAUUGGGGGUGCCGUUCGUAUCGGGCGGGACGCCGUCCUGCUGCACACACCACACCACACCAGACACACACACGCAUGCAUUGCAUGAGUGUUUGGAUCCAUCAACCCGGGUGUGGUGUGUGAUGGCUCGGCUGCAUGUGCACCUUACCUGACUUGCCACGGGCUCGCAGAAGUCGCGGACCUCCUUGUGCGACACCUGCGCCACGAGGUUGGUCUCAUUGGGGUUGACCCAGGCGAUGCACUCGGGGUUGUCGACAUCGUCGCCGAUCAGCAGCUUGCCCAGCAUGGAUCCCUUCUCGCGUAUGUGUUUGGUCAGCGCCCUGGUGUCGACCCCCGCGAUGCCCGGCACCCGCUGCUCCUGCAGCCACUCGGCCAGCGUCCGCUUGGCCGUGUAGUGGGACACGCUGAACGAGUAGUCGGCCACUAUCAGAGCUGUCACAUGAAUGCGAUCUCCCUCAAAGUGCUUGGGCAGGCCGAAGUCGUCCUUCUCGUCAUCGGGGACGCCGUAGUUGCCCACCAGAGGGUAGGUGAGCACCAGCAGCUGCCCCGCGUAGGAUGGAUCAGUGAGGGACUCGGGGUAGCCGACCAUGCCCGUGUUGAAGACCACCUCGCCGGCCACCGACUUGUCAUAGCCGAACGAGUAGCCCGUGAACUCCUUCUUGUCUUCGAGGACCAGCCUGGCGGGCUUGAGGGACACCUCCUCGCCCUCGCUGCCCAGCAGGUGCCGGAAGUAGUGAUCUGUUAGCGACUUCCGCACUAUCAUGAUAUAUGAGUCACUCCUGGGCUCCCUCUGCACAAUCAAGUCAAGAUCUGAUGCUUUCUGCCCCUCUGAGUGCCAGAUCUGCG